AGAAUUCUCAGUGAAUCAGUAGAAAAGCAGUCGCUCGUCAGCGGCGCGCGCGAGACGCUCGCUUGCAUUUUGGCAGUCUGGAGGAAAACAACAAACGCUCCUUACACACUUCGGUGUCUUCACGUCGUCGAACAGGCUUGAAGAAUUCGUGUCAAAAGUAGUAACAAGAAGGAUAUUUCGACAGCUUUUUGGGGAGGUGUCUUCGUUUCAGUUUUGAACUGAAUAGUGUUCAAUACUUUUGUAUAGAAAAUGGGAGUACUCUUUGCCAAACUCAUGACGGUAUUCGGAGACAGAGAACACAAGGUGAUCAUUGUGGGCUUGGAUAAUGCUGGGAAGACUACCAUCCUCUACCAGUUUUUGACUAAAGAGGCUGUGCAUACCACACCUACUAUUGGCAGCAAUGUGGAGGAAAUCUCUGUCAAGAAAACACGCUUCCUUGUUUGGGACAUUGGGGGUCAGGAGGCCCUCCGAGCCAGCUGGAACACCUAUUACUGCAAUACAGAGAUUGUGAUUCUGGUAGUAGACAGCACAGAUCGGGAGCGUUUGACCCUUACGAAAGAGGAGCUACAUACGAUGCUUGCACAUGAGGAUCUGCAGAAUGCCUCAGUGCUGGUUUUAGCCAAUAAGCAGGAUAUGAAGAACAGCAUGACAGCAGCAGAGAUUUCCCAGAGUCUUACCCUCAGUUCUCUCACAGCUCACUCCUGGCACGUCCAGGCCUGCUGCGCCCUUACUGGAGAGGGGUGAGUGUGUAAUUUUUACCAGCAAGUCUGGACUGGAUGCGUUCCCGAGUUAUGGCAAACUAGCCUAGCAUUGGUUCAUAGUAACUCUGCAGAGCCAGAGUUUGUGUCCCAUAUGUGCCUACAGUCUCAACAAACUCUCGGAGUUGAUGGUGGGGCUUUCUCAGAGCCCCAGUCAAACUCAGCAUACUGGAGACACCACGUGCUACAAAUUUAGCUACGAGUGGAUUGAACCCUGGACAUGUGACGUAUAUGUGUAUAUACAGACAAGUACAUGUUUGCAUAAUAUGUCUUCGUUUUAGAGGUCACAUUGGUAACAUUACAAGCAGAUUGUGUUGUCCAAGGUGGGAGAAUUUGCACUGAGUUUGUGAAUUCCGAUUGAACUGUGCAUUCUGGCCUGUGGCACCACAGGCUAUACUACUUCUAUACUACUACUUGAAAGUAAGGAUCACUGCCGUAGCACAGCCCAUUAGUGUUUGGUGCCAAAUUCAUAUGGAUGUUGGUGCUCAAUUUUUAAGCUUUAAGCUGAUAGCAUUACUUCAGAUAUUUAUUAUGAUGUUGUUUGUGUUGGAUGGACCUAAUUCAAAUGAAAAUAAACAAGUAUUGAAAUUUUGAAA